AUGAGGGAAAGAAGUUACAGUUACAACCCUUCUCUUUCACCACCAAGGGGUUAUGGAAGGAGAUAUAGGAGCCCAUCUCCGAGAGGCCGUUACAACAGUGGGAAGGAUCUUCCCACAAAAACUCCUAAACUCCAAGAGGGCCUAAACUUGCCCAUCAUUCCUAAUGCUAGAGUACUAUUAACAUUGCCUGAAGAUAAUGAUUUCUUUGUGAAGAAGACAUUGAAGUCUACUUUGGAUCCUCGUGGUUUUGGGUUUGUCCAAUUUGUGGAUCCAAAUGAUGUCGCAGAUGCUAAAUACGAAAUGGAUGGUUAUAUCCUCUUUGGACGGGAGCUGACUGUUGUAUUUGCCGAGGAAAACAGGAAAAAGCCCUCAGAAAUGAGGCUAAGGGAGCGCGUAAGGAGUCAGUCAUAUGAUCGUAGGCGAUCCUCUUCAAGAUAUUCUGAUGAUUACUCUCCAAGGGGGCGUUAUUCACGGUCGAUUUCACCAAGGGAUAGGGCAUAUGGAGGAUGCUCAUAUAGAUCUCCCUCUCACUCGAGAUCUUCAUAUGGCUCAAGGAGUCGGACUAGAAGCCCAUACAGUAGCCGUAGCCAAAGCGGCUCCCCUGGAUACUCUAGGUGA